CGUUCAAAACACAUGGAAAUAGAAACGCAAUUUUUUCUGUUAAAUAAUAAGCUAUAUGCAUCAUUCUGCAAAGUUAUCAGUUUAUAUGAAACUACUCGAAAACACCAGGUUCAAUUGUACGAAUCGUGAUUUUUUUUCAUAACCUAAAAUGUCGGAAACCUCACAUCCAUCUCGCGAUCCAAAAAAUCUCAGCGAACCAUUCGCAGUCAUCGAAUUUCUCGAGAAAAACGAAAAAGGGCUACCAUGCAUUGAUUUGGUGCCGAAAAAAUGGUUUAAUAGUGCAGAAGAAGACACCUGUAAAUUCCCACCGACAACUGAAUAUCAUCUACUUGACGACUACUUGGAAAAAUUGCACUCGCCCAAGGACUCUUGGCAAAGUUAUCCAUUUUGCUUCAUCACCGGAGCAGCUGAUUUGGAUCAGGGUCGCAGAAGAUUAAAAAAGGCCCAAGUAACUCUCAACUGUGAGACAACCGAUGGUGAAAAUGAUCGAAAGGGGGGGAGGUCCGAAACUUCCUCGAAAGCAAAAAUUUCAGCAAAACCCUUAACUGCAUCAAAGUCUCAACUAAACAACAUCUUUAGUACUAAAAUCCCGAUUCCACCUAGAAAUCAAACUCCAAAGUCUGGUAUACAAGCAAAACCAAAGACAAGAUUUCAAAGCAUUUACCAGAGUGGAUCUGACUCUGAAGACGAAAAUCAUGAUUGUCUUAUAGCUAAUCCUGAGGAGAUUCGAGCCUCAAAGGCUCAAAAUAAUUCUGGCUUUUUGCAAAUGUCGAGUAAAUCGCGAUCUGUACCAACAGGUGCAUGUUUAUCAUUUAAACAGCGGUCAAGGAAGAAUAUUACUUUGCUUAAAGACGUCGAAACUGAUGAAUCUGAGAGCAAUGAUUCCUCCGAUGGAAUUCUGCAGUCACCUACAAAAUCGAUGGACUCAGCGAGAAAUACAAGAAAAGAACUUCAUUUGACACCUCCUUCACCACUAGUCCAUAACGCUUCAGGUAACCGAAAAAGGCGUGCAUCGUCUACUACACGCGCUGAAGACGGAUUGAAUUCGAUUGUGAGCCCAGGAACUCCAAAAACUUCACGAUCAAUGAUGGUACCCCCUGCUAAGAUGCCAAAAAUGCUGGGACCACAAAACCAGUUGUCAUCUAGUCAUUAUGCUGAUAAUGAACGUCGAAUCCUGAACUCCCUUCGAGAUUACUUUGAUCAGCAAUUAGAUGAAAAGCUCGAAAAUUUAAGACGCAGGAUGGCUUACGAUUUAAAGCAGUCUAUGAAUGAGCUCAAGACCACAAUCAUUGGCACUAAUCUAGCCCCAGCUUCUGGUCCUAGCUUGCUUGAAAUACAGAAGCAGAUGUCUACGCCACUACUAUUUGAAAUGGAUGAUAAGUUCCAGGAAUACGAAGCGAUAUUGACAACGGACCCAAAUCUCGUAGAAACACUGCGAUUAUUCAUGAGAGUUUUGAUAAGCAAUAAAAAAGAGAUGAAAAUAUGUGUUUCCACUAUCCUAUCUGCGGUUCUGAGGAAGACAGUGUCACUGCACUAUUCUGGUUACGGAAAGGAAGCUGGCGGAAAGAAAAAGAAAAAUUUUUAUAACACUACAGUAUGCAAAGUACUGAUUGAUGUGAUAAUUGAGGUAAUAGGAUCCAGCACUGAUGAGAAGAAGAUAAUGUCAGAAGUAAGUACUUGGUUGUCACGUUCUGGCGAUCGAGAGGGUGGGCGUAAGGAACGACAACGCGGGUCAAGUCAUCAUAACGAGAAUAAUUCAGUUUGUUCCUUUGAUACCAAUCGAUAAUACUUCAUUUUUCCGGGAUAAAUGGAAUUGUAAAAUCACUGUGUUAAUAUGACUCCAUUAGUUCAUUUUCGUAAUUGUAUUAGUUGUGAUAUUCUUGAUAAAAGGUACGAUUAAUAGGAAAAGUUUAUAUUAUCAAUAUAUUUUUAUCGCGAGGCGUUUCAUUGGGCAGAAUAUAUAUUAAUAUAUGAAUAUUGUUUAGUAUUCGGCUGUCAUUGAAGUAUUAAUUAUAUUUAUUAUAUUUCUCCUGGCGAGGUCGGAAAUCCAGAAGAUGGAAAUAACAAUUGGAAAAUGUGAUGUAUCUUAGCAUAAUAAAGUAUUUUCUAUGUCAUUUCCUCAUAAGUUAGAUCACGGGAAUAAAUAUCCGUUGUUGGUUCAGGGAUUAAAUAUUAUGUCCAAAAGUUUAAAGGGAAAAAUAAUAAGUGGAUUUUUAAUUUUUAAGAAAAAUUCUAAUGAAAGUAAUUUCAGCCAUUGAGAGCUGUUUUCAGUAUUUGGUGAUUCAAGUCAAAUAAUAUUUAUAAGGUUGAAGUUUCACAAUCGGACUGCGUCCAUAUUCCCCAAAGAUUUCAAAUUUAAGGGUUGAAAUUAAUUAGUUAUAUGUAAUCCUAUCCAAGACUUUUUUAUAUUUCUAAGUUUGUUUGAAAGAGUGAAUAUAAUAAGCAAUAUUAUAUAGAACUAGCACACAAUCAAUGCAACUAAAUAUCAUUCUGUGUUCCGGAGUUGCAGAUGGAGAAGACAUUAUUGUAAAAAAAGGACGUCUUUCCGAGAUGAAAAAAUAAUUCUUAUCAGGAUAAUUCGUAUCAGCAAUUGUCUAUGGAUAUAAGAAUUAAUUCUUAUCAUCCAUAGCGGAAUAAAUUAUCCAUAAUAUUGCUAUUAUAAUGACUGUUUUCAUGCUUGAAUUGAAGCACGAUAAUUUAUCAAUUCUAAACUACUAAUUUAAAAAAUAACAUUGGUGCGUUAUUUUGUUGGAUAUUUUGUUAAUACAAUCUUCGAAUUCUGAAGACUGACUGCUAAUAUUAUUAGAUUGUAAGAGAGAGUUUAUUAAGACUUAAUAUGGUAUGUCGUAUUAAAUUUCGGAUUCAAAUGAUCUACGUAGAUUAUUUAUUUUAAAAGCGGAUGAAAAUAAUCCACAAAAGAUUUUUCUACAAUUUAUACCUGCAAUCAUUUUUUUGAGUUUUCAUAUUCUGUUCGCGGAAAAAUCUCAUAGUUGUGAUUAUCUUUCAUGAAAAUUGGAGAUACAAACACUGCAUAUCUUUAACUGUUCAACCAAAAUCGGAUGAAAACAUGUACUAUGUCGAUAGGAGGAAAAAAGUUUUUGAUUGGCUGAGUUUUUUUGUCAAUAGAUUUAAUAAAUUUAAAUAUAAGUUUUGUCACAUAAUAAAACUGUUUUCUGUAUAAUGUUGAAGGUAAUAAAUACAUGUCUGCUUAUCAGAUAUACCGUUCAU